AUGAUGUUUCUGGAAGAUGCUUCGUUUCAGUUCUUCCACAAAGCGGGUGGGCCGAUGACGUCCAGACUUUCGGAAUAGCGUUGCAUGUUCUCGACUCCGCCACGUGUAUUAUUCAGCAGGCGGUGUUGAUGUACUCAAGAAAAGGGAGAGCAGCAAAGGAGAGAGACGGAGAGAGAGGCGGGAAGGGAAGGCAGGUAGAGCAGAGGCAUCAAAGGAUGGUGCAACAGGGUAGCGGAACGUUCACUCGGCGCACUGGUAUGAAUCUUUUGGAAAUGGCGUUGGCAACGGUGCUGAAGUGGCUAUCCUGUAAUCUUGGACACUUCUGGAAUCAAACAACGCGGAAAACGCCAAGGAUCGCCGGAACGUUCGUGGAUACCGCUGUUGUUGCCAGCCGAGACUUUAAGGGCUCAAGAAACAAUCGAGAUCGGGAAACUGUUUCAAAGAAUCUGGGGCCAUCAAGCGUUCGGACACGAGCAGUUAGCUCCUGGAGGUACCGUAACAACCUUCAUAUUUUGUUCGGAGAGAGCAUUUCGCAGGUGAUGUAUUGUCUUCGUCUCAUCUGUUCUGGCUCCAGUCUACACACCUUUCGGUGCACAUAAUUCCGACGUGUCAGUUGGGGUCACACAAGAGGAAGGAUACACGGGAGUUCCUCCAUUUUUUGUUUUAGUGCCUCAACUUUCUCCCCGCGGUGCUUGUCAUAGUUUGGUCGCGACAAGGGGUCAACUAUCCCUUUCCCUCGUCUCGACCAUGAAGCCGAAGUGUAUGAUAUGAUGUGACUGCGCAGGUAGGAUCCCGUGCCCCCUCUUGUUUCGCCUAUGUAGUACGGAACAACGGCAGUGGAGCAGAUUCCCACUGCACGGUAGUAGUUGCGCCAGGGCAGUGCUGGUGUUGUUGGGUCUUGCUCUGUGCAGUCCAUGAUAAACACGAACGUCACUCUGCGCAAUGAUGUGGCCGUGUGUGCACAACGCCUAGCGUUCCCCGGCUGAUAACACGCGAGCGCCGAAGCUUACACCUAGCACCUAGGUACACCUAGCACCUAGGUACACGGCGGUUGGACUUGUGUUUUCUAUUUUCCUGGGGACCGUUAUGCCGAAUGUGGUCGCAGAUUCAUGCAGGAGCCGCGGACGCAGCAUGGCACAGCAGUAGUAACAUCAGGCACUUUUUUCCGUUGACCCUCGGGUUUUUUGGCGGCACUUGCUUCGAUUGCCUGUGUACCACACCUCGCCGUAGAUGGUUGUUCUAUAGAGCUCCCCAUAUAUUCCCGAUGGACGCAAGGGUAUGCCUGCCGUCUGUUUUGAGCGUGGUCCGAUACGCUUAGUUGCGAGAGAC